UUUUGAUAUUAUAUUUUUGUUUAUUAUUAUUGAUCAUUUUGAGCAUUGAAUAUAUUUUAAUCUUUGAUUUAUAUUAUUUUGAUUAUCAAGAUUAUUAUUACUUGUAUUAUUACUUGACCUUGUACUAUUUUCUUUUGCAAAAGAAUAAUAAUAAUUAUUGGUUAUUCUCUAUGUAAAUAAAACAGAAUAUUUUCAUCAAUAGGUGGAUUUUGUUUUAAAAAGGUAUAGAUUUCUCUUUUUGAUAGUUUUUGUAAGAAAGGAAAGAAAAAUAAAAGAAAAGAAAUUAUGUUUAAAAAGGAAAAUAUCCAAUAUUAUAUUGGGGCUGCUGCAGGAGUAACAGUGGGACUAUGUGUUGGAAAACUUUUAUCUUCGAAUACAUCUAUUGUCAUCCAAAAUAAGAUAUAUCCAAAUACAUCUGAUAAAAGUGCUCCUGUUCGUCGAUCUAUUGGCAAGAUAUUAAAGCCCGAUGAUAUGUCUACUAAUAAAUAUCAUUCACGUUCUAAGAGUGCUCCCAGAUACAAUAAGAAAAAUAUCGAAGAUUCUACAUUUCUAAUGGCACCAUUAGCAAAACCAGCAUUAAGUGAUUCAAAUAUAAAUAUUGAUACAAAGACACCAGUCAAACAAGUGAAAUUGUACAAGACGUUACCUACUAGUGAAUCUUGUCAGAUUUUAGACGAGGAAAAAAGUUUAUCUCAGAAUACAGAAACAUGUUCCCUUAACAAUGUAAAAGAGAAAAUACGUAACAGUACAAUACAUGUAUACGAGACUACAACUCCAAAUGCCAACUCGGCAUUAAAAUCAGAUUUAAUGAAUAUCAAGAAGAUAGAAGACGAUCCAGGAACCAUUAUCAAAAAUCCAUCUGACAGCUCUAAUGAAAAUAUCUCUUUGUAUGUUGACAGUAAUAUUGCUGCAUGUAAUACAAUUGUAGAUAUGAAACAGGCAAACUUAACUUCUAUUUUAAAUGAUAACGAAUUUUUGGAUAGCAAUCACUAUGAUGAUUUUAAUGAAUAUAAUUUAAUAUCCUCUACGAAAUGUGAUAUCUCGAUUCCUUUUUAAAUUUUGCAUUAUUUUUAAAAUUUGGAUCUACACAUAAAAAAUUUUUUCUUGUUUAUUAUUAUGGAUUAUUACAUAGAUUAUGUUAUAUAUAUAUAUAUAAAAAUGGCAAUGUAUGAAAGUUUUAUGAAUAA